AAACUUUUUUUAUAAGGCCAGUACAAAAACGCAAAGUCAAGAAUCAGCAGCACUAGAGGAAAAAUCUGAAGAACACAUUCUCAUCUGAAGUGAUCACAACACUGUCCUGACGAUGACCGACUUCGACACGGUUCUGAAGUACUGGGGUAAAGUGGAAGCUGACUAUACUGGUUUUGGAGGAGAAGUUCUGACCCGUCUGUUUAUUGAGAACCCUGAUACCCAGAAACUCUUCCCUAAGUUUGUGGGGAUCCCACGUGGUGAAUUGGCAGGAAAUGCAGCAGUCGCAGGUCAUGGUAGCGUUGUCCUGAACAAACUGGGUGAGCUCAUCAAGGCAAAAGGACAGCAUGCUGCCAUCCUCAAACCACUGGCUACAUCCCAUGCCAAUAUACACAAGAUUGCUCUCAGCAACUUCAAGACGAUCAGUGAGAUCAUUGUUAAGGUGAUGGCAGAGAAGGCCCAGGCUGAUGGUCCUGGGCAGGAGGCUUUGAGAAGGGUGUUGGCUGUCAUCAUCAAUGACAUGGAUGGCUACUACAAGGAGCUCAACUUCGACGGGUAGAUGCCCUCUGACCCUUCAAGUCCCUAACCUCACUGGGGUAGAGUAAAUGGGUGUUCAUUUAGCCAGUGGGAGUAGUGUAAUCAAGGCAUUUAUAAUUACUAUUUCUGCACGCAGUGGUUUAACUGUAUAGUAGUACACAGCAACUGUGGAGCACAGGACAAAAUCAUCAUCCAUUUCAAAAGUCUGACGAAAGAAAGCAUGCUGAAGUGAACAGAACACGGUUGAUUAAAUUACUGAGUCCAAAAGUCUGAGCCUCUCAUUUGAUCAGAUUUGAAAAAUGCAUGCAUGCAUGUGCACGCACGCACGCGCACACACACACGCACGCGCACACACACACACACACACACUCCUUACUGAAUGAAUCAUUAGGAGUGUAUAAGUGCCAUUGCUUGUACAACUUUUACAGUCCCCCAUAUAUGGCAAGAUGUGUAAAUAGGAAAUUCAGAGAUCUUUGAAAAUGGAUUUGUUUGUUUUACAGUAAUGGUUUUUGCUUAAUAAUGAGGAUUAACCUUAAAGAUUUAUUAAAGCAGUUCUUUGUAAUGGACUUCACGGCAUUUCACAACUUCUAAAUACAACACAGUUGCCAAUUGUUCUCGUUUUAAUGUUCUGUUGGGGUCUCAGACCAAGCAAAAUGAAACAUGAAAACCAUAAGAAAUUAGUAUAGAAAACCCUGUCGGAAACAUGAGCGACACUCUAAAAAGGUCAACUGUACAGAAAAUUGUUUAAUCACUGAUGUGAAUUAAAUGAUCAUGGCUGAUUUGAUAUUUCCUUAAAAUUAAACUAAGAUCUCAUAAUGUACCUAAACUGAGAUAGUGGAUUCAGUAUGGUUAAAUGUGUCUUUAAUUCAGGUGAUUUUUUUUCUUCAAAAAAAAUGCAAUUGAGAUGUUGAGUACUAAAUUUCCACUACCAUAAACGAUAUCUGCUUGGCAUUGACUCCUCAGAUUAUUUAGGAAUAAUGAACAGCAAAAUCCCUUCAUCGAAAUAUCAUAAAAAAGAACUGGACAAGAAUUAAUCUGACAUGUAUGUGAUGUGCUUCUGGAAGUGCAGUCCUGCUGGUCUUAUCACUUUCUUCAAUAUCAUUAACAUGCUUUAAUGUGAUUAAAAUGGUGAUCAUUAAUAAA